AUGUCAGAUAAAAUUAAGGAAGGAAAGGGUAAACGAAGAAAAAGGACUGAUGAAGACCAAUGGCUUUCUGAAUCAGACAAUGAACAGGAAGAUGAUAAGUCUAAUUUAAAAGUUGGGCCUGGUGCUGGUGAUGAUGUUGCGAUGCCUUCCCCAGGAAUAUUGCAAGCACUGGCUGCUAAAGAACAAAAAGAAAACUACGAUGACUUACGGGACCUAUCACGUCAGAAUUAUCUUAAAAAGAGGCAAACUACGAAAUUAAACGAUUUAUCACUAGAUAUAGAGAAGUAUAAAUCCGUUAUUAAAGAGAGAGCAUUAACUAAGCAGGAGCAAGAAGACUUUCAAUAUAAACAAAAAAUAUUCAAAAUAAUUACAGAGACUGAUGAAUCUCUUCAGUCUAUUGGAAGAAACGAUGAAUAUCAGUUACCAGACGAUUACUUCAAUACUGAAGGUAAGCUAGACAAGAAACGGAAGUUGAAUGCAUUGAAUGCAAAAAAUAACUAUGACAAGACCGAAAAAGGGGAAACAACUAAACGUAAUAGAUAUGAAAACCAGUGGGAAUUAGAUCAAUUGAACAAAGCACAAAUUUCAAAUGUUGUUGCAACUGAUGAAAUCAACCUCCCUAAUCAAGAUGAUUACGAAUUUGUCUUUGAUGAAUCUCAAUUCGUUUCAUUUGAUCAAGACCAGCCGUUGGAAGGGGAUAAGCCAGAUGAGAACACCCAAACCUCGAAACAAAAAGCGUCAAUGGAUGAAGUUAGAAAGUCAUUGCCUGUGUACAAAUACAGAGAACAGUUCCUAGAUGCAAUAUCAAAAUAUCAAGUUUUAAUUGUUGUUGGUGAAACUGGUUCUGGUAAAACUACUCAGCUUCCACAAUAUUUACAUGAAGCAGGCUAUUCAAAGGGUAAUGAUGGAAAAAUUUUAAAAAUUGGUUGUACUCAACCUCGUAGGGUUGCAGCAACUUCCGUUGCUAACAGAAUUGCUGAUGAAAUGGGUGUAUCCAUUGGAGAAGAAGUUGGGUAUAGUAUUCGUUUUGAAGAUAAAUCUAGCGAUAAGACUUUAAUUAAAUAUUUAACUGAUGGUAUGUUAUUAAGAGAGUUCUUGACUGAUCCUGAAUUAUCUUCCUACGGAGCAUUAAUGAUUGAUGAAGCUCACGAGAGAACAGUAUCCACCGAAAUAAUUCUUAGUCUCUUGAAAGACAUCAUUCAAAUUAGAAAAGACUUAAAAUUAAUCAUUGCUUCAGCUACUAUGAAUGCAGAGAAAUUUUCUAAUUAUUUUGAUGGUGCACCAAUCUUUAAUAUUCCGGGUAGAAGGUUUCCUGUUGAUAUCCAUUAUACGAAAAAUCCAGAAGCAAACUACAUACAAGCAGCCCUUACAACAAUUUUUCAGAUCCACACAACACAAGAACUACCUGGUGAUAUCUUGGUUUUCCUAACAGGACAAGAUGAAAUUGAAACUAUGCAAGAGAGCUUAGAAGAAGCAUGUCAUAAAUUAGGGUCUCUGAUAAAACCCCUUAUAAUAUGUCCAGUUUAUGCAAGUCUUCCAACAGAUCUUCAAAAGAAUAUAUUCGAGCCAACUCCUCCUAAUUCCAGGAAAAUUGUUCUAGCGACAAAUAUUGCAGAAACAUCUAUUACUAUCGAAGGUAUAUCUUACGUUAUUGAUCCAGGUUAUGUAAAAGAAAAUGUGUUCAAUCCUGUAACUGGUAUGGAAAGCUUGGUUGUUGUUCCGUGUUCCCGUGCGUCGGCAAAUCAAAGAGCUGGUAGAGCUGGUAGAGUCGGUCCUGGUAAAUGCUUCCGUCUAUAUACAAAAUGGUCAUUCUACAAUGAAAUUCAAGCUAAUCCUACUCCCGAAAUUUUGAGAGUCAAUCUAGUACACAUCAUACUUUUAUUAUUAUCAUUGGGUAUAACUGAUCUAAUUAAUUUUGAAUUUAUUGAUCCUCCAAGUUCUGAUACAUUAAUAAAAUCCCUUGAAUUGCUUUAUGCCUUGGGAGCAUUAAAUUCCAAAGGAGAGUUAACAAAAACUGGAAGAAAAAUGGCUGAAUUUCCUAUUGAUCCAAUGUUUGCGAAAUGCUUGAUAUCUAGUUCAAAUUAUGGGGUAACAAAUGAAAUAUUGACUAUAAUUUCUAUGCUAAGUGAAAGUUCUAGUCUCUUCUAUAGGCCCAAAGAUAAACGAGAACAAGCUGAUAAGAAAAAAGAAUCAUUUCAGGUUGAUGAAGGUGACCACUUGACUUUGUUAAACCUUUGGGACCAAUGGCAAGAUACUGGAUAUUCGAAUCAGUGGUGCCAGGAUAACUUCAUCCAGUAUAAGACUUUAAAGCGCUCGAAAGAGGUUAGGCAGCAAUUAGAGAGAUUAUGUAAAAAAACUGGAAUUCCUGUUGUCGAAAAUGAUAAUGUGAACAAGAAACUCAUGAUACAGAAGUCUAUAACUGCGGGAUUCUUUCCUAACAUAGCACGAUUAUCAAAAAUGGGUGAUUCAUAUAGGUCUCUAAAAAAAAACCAGGCGGUGUUUAUACACCCUUCGUCUGUCUUGUAUCCUAUCAAGCCACCCCCGAAGCUUAUAUUAUACCAUGAGUUGGUACUCACAAGUAAGGAAUUCAUGAGAAAUUGUAUGUUAAUAGAUGAAAAUUGGUUGAACGAAUUAGCCCCACAUUACUAUAGCAAAAAAGACUUGGAUAUCUUGUCCACCAAGAAAAGGCCAAAUAAAUUCAAAUAG